UCGAACUCAUCUUUAUUAUUCAUGUGAGGAAACCUGUGAUAAAAUCCUUGGAAACACAAUGCAAUUUCUCAGAAACAUUUACAUAUUUUGUAAUAUUCUUAUAUCAAUAGAGUGCUGGGUUCCAAAGCUGGCAGAAGAAAGGGAAUUGACUGCCAACUGCUCCAAUAUGUCUUUGAGAAAGGUUCCCCCAGACUUGACCCCAGCCACAACCACACUGGAUUUAUCCUAUAACCUAAUUUUUCAACUCCAUAGUUCAGAUUUUCAUUCUUUCUCCAAGCUGCAAGUUUUGAUUCUAUGCCAUAACAGAAUCCAACAGCUGGAUAUAAAGAUCUUUGAAUUGAACAUGGAGCUAAGAUAUUUAGAUUUGUCUUACAAUAGACUGAAGAUUGUAACUUGGUAUUCACUGGCAGGUCUCAAACAUUUAGAUCUUUCUUUUAAUGACUUUGACACCCUGCCUAUCUGUGAAGAGACUGGCAACAUGUCACAUCUGGAAACCCUAGGUUUGAGUGGGGCAGAAAUACAAAGGUCAGAUCUCCAGAAAAUUGCUCAUUUGCAUUUCAGUACUGUCUUCUUAGGAUUGAGAACUCUUUCUCGUUAUGAAGAAGGGAGCCUGCCCAUCUUAAACACAACAAAACUUCACAUUGUUUUACCAAGGGAUGCAAAUUUCUGGGUUCUUUUGUGUGAUGGAAUCAAGACUUCAAAAAUAUUAGAAAUCACAAAUAUAGAUGGCAAAAGCCGAUUUGUAAAUUAUGAAACACCACAAAACCUCACCUUCAAGAAUGCCAAGACAUCUACUCUGUUAUUUAAUAAAGUUGACUUACUCUGGGAAGACCUUCUCUUUAUCUUCCAAUUUGUUUGGCAUACAUCAGUGGAAUACUUCCAGAUCCAAAAUAUGACUUUUGGCAGUAAGGUUUAUCUUGACCACAAUUCAUUUGACUACUCAAAUACUGUAAUGAAAGCUGUAAAAUUGGAGCAUAUACAUUUCAGAAUUUUUUAUAUUCCACAGGAUAAAAUCUACUUGCUUUUUACCAAAAUGAAUAUAGAAAAUCUUACCAUAUCAGAUGCACAAAUGCCACACAUGCUUUUCCCUAAUUACCCUAAAAGUUUCCGGUAUUUAAAUUUUGCCAAUAAUAUCUUAACAGAUGAUCUGUUUAAAAAACCUAUCCAGUUGCCUUAUUUGAAAACUCUCAUUUUGAAGGGAAAUAAACUGGAGACACUUUCCUUAGUGAGCUGUUUUGCUAACAACACAUCAUUGAUGCACUUGGAUCUGAGCCAAAACUUGUUGCAACAUAAAAAUGAUGAAGAUUGCAUGUGGCCAGAAACUUUGGCUACCAUGAACUUGUCAUCCAAUAGCUUUUCUAAUUCUGUUUUCAGGUGCUUGCCCAGAAGUAUUCAAAUACUUGACCUGAGUAAUAACAAAAUUCAAUUCAUUCCUAAAGAGAUUAUUCAUCUGAAGUCUUUACGAGAGCUAAAUAUUGCAUUUAAUUCUCUAACGGAUCUCCCUGGAUGCAGUCAUUUCACAAGACUCUCUAUUCUGAACAUUGAAAUGAACUUAAUUCUCAGCCCAUCUCCAGAUUUUUUUCAGAGCUGCCAUGAAGUAAAGACUCUAAAUGCAGGAAGAAACCCCUUCCGGUGUACUUGUGAAUUAAGAGAUUUCAUUGGACUUGAAAAGAGGUCACAGGGCAUGCUGGUUGGAUGGUCAGAUUCAUACACCUGUGAAUACCCUUCAAAUCUAAAGGGCACUCUACUAAAAGAUGUUUAUCUCCCUGAAUUAUCUUGCAACACAGCUUUGUUGAUUGUCACCAUCAUGGUCAUCAUGCUGGUUUUGGGAAUGGCUGUGACCUUCUGCUGCCUUCACUUUGAUCUGCCUUGGUAUCUGAGGAUGCUGUGCCAAUGGACGCAGACAUGGCACAGGGUUAGGAAGAUGAGGCGGGAACAGCUUAAGAGAAAUGUGCAAUUCCAUGCAUUUAUUUCAUAUAGUGAACAUGAUUCUCCCUGGGUGAAGAAUGAAUUGAUUCCCAGUCUGGAGAAAGAAGAUGGUUCUGUCUUGAUUUGUCUUCUUGAGAGGAACACUGACCCUGGCAAGAGCAUUGCCGAAAAUAUCAUAAGCUGCAUUGAGAAGAGUUACAAGUCCAUCUUCGUGUUGUCUCCCAACUUUGUUCAGAGUGAGUGGUGCCAUUAUGAACUCUACUUUGCUCACCACAGUCUCUUCCAUGACAAUUCUGAUCGCGUUAUUCUUAUCCUACUGGAACCCAUUCCCUUGUAUUGCAUUCCUGCCAGAUUUCACGAGUUGAGUGCUCUGAUGGAAAAGAAAGCAUACAUGGAAUGGCCCAAGGAUAGGCGUAAAUGUGGGCUCUUUUGGGCAAACCUUCGAGCUGCUAUUAAUGUUAAUUUCUCAGACAUAAGACAAAGGUGUGAACUACAGACAUUCACAGAAGCGAAUGAAGAAUUUGGAGGUUCUGUAGUCUCCCUGGUAAGAACAGAUUGCUUAUAAAACCCCACCCCCCAGGGAAAAUGGGGACCACAUUCACUGGUGGAAUAUACAUGGGUACCACCUUCACAAUGGCAAUUUGGCAGUAUCUAUUAAAAUUAUAAAUGGUUAU